CCCUUCCUGCUCCAGGCGAAGUUUCUGUCCCAGGAUCAAAUUAAUGAGUUCAAGGAAUGCUUUUCCCUGUACGACACGAAGCAGAAAGGGAAGAUCCGAGGCUCGGAGCUGCUGGCCGUGAUGCGCUGCCUCGGCGUCAGCCCCACGCCCGGGGAGGUGCAGAGGCACCUGCAGCUGCACAGGAUCGACAAGAACGCAGAGCUGGACUUCUCCACCUUCCUGAACAUCAUGUACAGGCAGAUGAAGCAGGAGGAGCCCGAGGAGGAGAUCCUGAGGGCCCUGGCCAUGCUGGACAGGCAGAAGAGAGGAGUGAUCUCCGUGCCCGAGCUCCGCGCCAAGCUCACCCGCCUGGGCGAGAAGCUCUCCGAGGAGGAAGGUCAUUCCUCAGCUGGGAUUUGA